AUACGCUGUCAGCACUGAAAUUUACAACAAAAAGUAUACAUUUUUGCUUAGUAUCGAAGAUAGCAACUGUUUGUAAAACUCCUUAAAUUAUUUAUUAAUUAUAUUGUAAAUCAAAGUAAAAUGGCAGCAAAAGUAGCAAGCGGCACGAACAAGGUGUUCCAGAGCCACGAUGAUGUGCAUAUAUCCUUUGAGGACCAACAGCGGAUAAACCGGUUUGCCAAGCAUAACGCCCGCAUGGAUGACUUCAAAGCCGAGCUGGAAAUGAAGCGGAAUGAAUUGAAAUCCGUCGAAGAAGCUCUGGAGGAGAUUGAACUGUUCGACGAAGACGAGGAUAUACCUUUCCUCGUGGGCGAGGUCUUUCUCUCACACAAGCUGGAAAGAACCCAGGACUUGCUUAAGGAGACCAAGGAUACGAUUCUCAAAGAGAUCGCCGGUAUAGAAGCCAAGGCAAAAGUGAUCAAGGCAGAAAUGGACGAGCUGAAAGCUCAUUUGUACCAACGUUUUGGAAGCAAUAUCUCUCUAGAGAGCGAUGAUUAAUUAAUGUGCAUUUUCAACAUUAUAAAAAUUAUACUCCACUAUUAAUUUACACUCGCUAAAA